CAUAACAUCAGGGUUUGGAACAACUAGUUCUCUUGAGACUAUCGUGGGCUUGCUGUUUCUUGUUCACAGGGAAGAAGUUAAUUGCUUUCUUGGUGCCAGUGAACCUUGGUGCCAUCUGGAUGCCCCCAGGUAUCAGGAGUGGAUAACCUGAUGGCCUGAGGAGAACAUCUGUAUCUCCCCAAAGUAAAAGGCCCUGUGACUUCCCAAAGUGGAUGUUAAUUAGCCAGUCAGAACACAGAGCUGAGCAUGCAGAAUUCGGAGGGUGGAUCGGACUCGCCAGCUUCUGUGGCUUUGUGUCCCUCGGCAGCAGCCCAGGCACCCGUGGCCCAGCCUGUGCCAGCCUCCCCACAGAGAGUGCUGGUCCAGGCAGCGGGGUCGGCUCCCAAAGGGGCCCAGAUGCAGCCAAUCUCCCUCCCCAGGGUCCAGCAGGUGCCACAGCAGGUCCAGCCCGUGCAGCACGUGUACCCCCCUCAAGUACAGUAUGUGGAAGGGGGCGACGCCGUCUACACAAAUGGAGCCUUACGGACGGCCUACACCUACAACCCCGAGCCUCAGAUGUAUGCCCCCAGCAGCGCAGCUUCUUACUUUGAGGCCCCGGGCAAUGCCCAGGUGACUGUGGCAGGCUCCUCCCCACCCGCAGUCCCCUCCCACAGCAUGGUGGGCAUCACCAUGGAUGUUGGAGGGAGCCCCAUCGUCUCCAGCGCUGGAGCCUAUCUCAUCCACGGGGGGAUGGACAGCACCAGACACUCCCUGGCCCACACUUCCCGGUCAUCACCAGCUACGCUUGAAAUGGCGAUUGAAAACCUCCAAAAAAGCGAAGGGAUCACAUCACACAAAAGCGGUUUACUCAACAGCCAUCUCCAGUGGCUGUUAGAUAAUUACGAAACUGCUGAAGGCGUGAGUCUCCCCAGAAGCUCUCUUUACAACCAUUACCUUCGGCACUGCCAGGAGCACAAGCUGGACCCCGUGAAUGCCGCCUCCUUUGGGAAGCUGAUCCGCUCCGUGUUCAUGGGCCUGAGGACACGGCGCCUGGGCACCAGGGGCAACUCGAAGUAUCAUUACUAUGGGAUCCGUCUGAAGCCAGACUCCCCCCUGAACCGGCUGCAGGAGGACACGCAGUACAUGGCCAUGCGGCAGCAGCCCAUGCACCAGAAGCCCAGGUACCGGCCAGCCCAGAAGACGGACAGCCUUGGGGACAGUGGCUCUCACAGCAGCCCACACAGCACGCCUGAGCAGGCCAUGGCCGCCCAGAGCCAGCACCACCAGCAAUACAUAGAUGUCUCCCACGUCUUCCCGGAGUUCCCGGCACCUGACCUGGGCGGCGUCUUGCUGCAGGAGACCAUCACGCUGCACGACGUCAAGGCCCUGCAGCUGGUCUACCGGCGGCAUUGCGAGGCAACUUUAGAUGUCGUGAUGAACCUCCAGUUUCACUACAUUGAGAAGCUAUGGCUUUCCUUCUGGAAUUCCAAAGUCUCAGCCAGUGACCACCCUGCCUCUCUGUCUGCCAGCGACGAAGAACCAGAAGGCACCAUCCUCCCGAAGGACAAGCUGGUCUCUCUGUGCAAAUGUGACCCCAUUCUCAAGUGGAUGAGGAACUGCGACCACAUCCUGUACCAGGCCCUGGUCGAAAUCCUCAUCCCUGACGUGCUGCGUCCUGUGCCCAGUACCUUGACACAGGCCAUCCGUAAUUUUGCCAAGAGUUUGGAAGGCUGGCUGACAAAUGCCAUGAGCGACUUCCCACAACAGGUCAUCCAGACCAAGGUCGGUGUGGUCAGUGCCUUUGCCCAGACACUACGGAGAUACACGUCCCUUAACCACCUGGCCCAGGCAGCCCGGGCCGUGCUCCAGAACACGUCCCAGAUCAACCAGAUGCUCAGCGACCUCAACCGCGUGGAUUUCGCCAACGUGCAGGAACAAGCCUCAUGGGUGUGCCAGUGCGAGGAGAGUGUGGUGCAGCGACUAGAGCAGGACUUCAAGCUGACCCUGCAGCAGCAGAGCUCCCUGGACCAGUGGGCCAGUUGGCUGGACAAUGUGGUCACCCAGGUCCUGAAGCAGCACGCAGGCAGCCCCAGCUUCCCCAAGGCUGCCCGGCAGUUCCUGCUGAAAUGGUCUUUUUACAGCUCCAUGGUGAUCCGGGACCUCACCCUGCGCAGCGCCGCCAGCUUCGGCUCCUUUCACUUGAUCCGCCUGCUGUACGACGAGUACAUGUUCUACCUGGUGGAGCAUCGCGUCGCCGAGGCAACCGGAGAGACGCCAAUCGCUGUGAUGGGAGAGUUCAACGAUCUGGCCUCGCUGUCACUGACGCUUCUUGACAAAGACGACAUCAGCGAAGACCGAACCAGCGAGGCCGACUCUGAUGCCCGAAGCCUGGGUGAACCUCUGGUGAAGCGGGAGCGCAGCGAGCCUAACCACUCCCUGCAGGGCAUCUAGCACGCCUGGAGCCCCAUGCGGGGGUGCCUGUUGGACGAUGUGGCCUUCACCCUGACUCACAGGGGCCCCGGGCAGUGCCCUUCAAGGACACUAUAACUCUCAAGAAGAAACACAGUUGUCAAACACACAAAGGUGCCGUUGGGCCCCCCGAGCGCCUGGGUGCCCAGAUCUCUUCCCUUCUGAAUUUUCUCAUUCUCUCCUCUGCUGGAAUUGUGAACUGUACUUGAGGGGACCCUUCCAAGGGGCUGAGCAAAUCAUUACCUCCACUUUUGGCUUCUCCUCCAUUUAGCUGAUCCCAGUUUUCACCAUGAUUUCUAAAGGGUCAGUCAGAUCCCAGGAAGGAAGGGAUGCCCCCUGCUGUUGGCAGACCAAGCUGACUGGCAUCCAAGGAGCUUUGGAAACGCAAAGCAGAACCUAGGCCUGAUGCCUCUGUGGAGUGAAGCCCCCACCCCACCAUGUCCCGGCUCUGCGUCCCCCAGCUCGUGGGCCUGGAAGGCCACCUGCCCUGCGGGAGUCCCGGCUCUAAACGCCAAAGUCCUCCAGAAGCAGCUGCCAAACACAUCCCUGGAUGACUCCCGGCCCGCGUGACUCAAAGAACCAGCGCAGAAACAGGCCCACUAGUGCCAAGAUGUGGUGGUGUCUUUAACAAUAAAAACCAGAUGUUUUAUCAACAACAGAAAGGAUCGGGGUCCUGUCCAAGUUCACAGUCAAUAUCAAGCCAAACUAAACCACUGGGUUUGGAAUGAGUCUGCUCCCAGGGGGCCAUGCUGCCAGUGUCUUGGUGGCACCUCCAGAGGGUGCCAAGUCUGCACAAGCAGCUGCCCGCGUCCUGCUCCACAGAACCUACCGGAACACCUCCCGGAGCGCUGUGGCCACGGGCAAGUCCCAUCUUGAACUGCUCAAAGUCAAAAUUCUCUUCUAGAGACAAAGGAAUCCCAAGGACUUUUGCAGCCCUGAGCUUUAAACACCCAGGACUGUAUCCAUCUUAACACGUUGCUCUUGGUUAUCUACGUGCAAGAGGUCCGUCCUCACACCAGCUGCAGAGAAGAAAGACAAACCUCUGGUCUAGGAAGCGCCUUCUUAGGAAAUGCAAUAGUUUCUCUUUUUGAAAAUAAGUUUAUACCAAUAGUUUUGUGCUCUAAUUGUUAUUAGAACGUUUCUUAUGAAUGUGUAUUUUUGGUCCCAGAUAUUUUGUUCUCAUUCAUGCAGAAGGUACUAAUGUAAACUCACAUGGCCUUUCAAGCCCUUACUUCCCUUCAAACAGGAGCGCUGCGCAUCCCUCAGCCCCAACCAGGUGUCCAGGGAGCGGCGGAGGGGAGGAGAGAGCGCGCUCGUUUUAGAAACCAAAAGUUCUAAUAGUCACGGUGUUUGUCUGGUCUUAGAGUUCAAGCCUUAGAUGAAAUCAGACAAAAGAAUGUCUUAAAAAUACAUCUCUCCUCUCCCGAGAGACAUUGAAGCUCACAGUGUGUGGAUUGUCCUGGUCUGUCUUUUCUUCCACACGUGGCCCCCAAUACAGACUGGGUUCUGCCCUCUGCUGUCUCGUCCUUUGUGGGAUUCCUUGCAGAGGGAGGAAGGACAGUAACGACCCGAGCCUUUCAAGCUCAUUCUUGUUUUGUAUGGAAAUAAACACGUUGAGUGCACCCAUUUGGGGUCACAAUGCACACUCCAUUCCCUGCCCCCCUCCCUGCUCAGCUGCUUCCA